AUGGCUAUCGGCCGAAAGGAAUUCCUAACGGCGGAGUGGGUCCUUGUCUUUCUUUGCUUCGUCGUCGUCUUGGCCCGACUAGCAGUACGCACAUGGCACAGAAUAUGGUCUUUUUGGCUAUCCGAGAUAUUCCUCGUGCUCGCCCUCGUAUUCUUCAUUGCACUCGUCGUUGGAGAUACGUACACAAUGUCUAUAGGCAAAAACGCUUUUGUCGAUGAGUAUUUUGAUGAAGGCUUUGCAAAGUGGAAAUUUGCCAGUUCAGUCAUCUUUGAUCUGGGCUUUUACCUUCCAAGAUUUAGUCUGCUGGCUUUCUAUUACGAGCUUUUCCCAGCAGCCGAGAAGAGGUUACGACUGUGCCUCCACCUUGUCACAGCUUACUGUGCUUGUGCGUUUGCCACAACUACAUUUGUGGACAUAUUCUGGUGCGGCGCUGAUGUAUCCCUAAACUGGGUAGAUAGUGAAUCGGUUUGCACAUUGGCUAGUUGUCCGGAGCCCAUGUACAUCAAUUGGUCCAUCGGAAUCACCUCAGAAUUACUUGUCUUUGCACUACCAUUUGGAAUUCUCAGGUUAAAAGCUUUAAAAAUGAAAGACAGAAGAGCUUUGCUAUGUAUCUUCCUCCUGGGCAUCGCUACCCUUAUCACCAGCACUGUACGGUUUUACCUUACAGUGCAAUCCAUUUGGUCAUUUUCGACCUGUAAGUAUCCCCCUUACGUGUGA